AUGCAUUCAAUAACUCGCCUGCUCAGUUCAUUUGUGGCAGCUGGACUUCCUCCAGUAGUCUUUUCAGCUCCUGCACCUAAACCUCAGAUGAGCUAUGGCGAACAGUCAGUAGCUGUCGGUGGUGUAUCAGCACCAGUACCUACAGUUACUGCCGCCACAGGAUCACUUUAUGGCGAUAAAUCAUUACUAGGGGAAGCUGCAAAGCCAUCUCCCGUGUCUGGAGGAGAUUCUGCCAUUGUUUCGAAUGCACCAAUGGUCAAUGGACAGGAAGCAGAUGCAGACCUAGGUUUAUAUUUGGAUUUCAGUAGCGUUCCGAAUGCACAACCUAUUCGAGGCUCAACAGGCCAAACAGACCCUGGGCCACAAACAUACGAAUACCAGAAGCUGAAUCCUGAUCUUUUUGCCCCGCCAGGAACAGACAGUGGCGAUGUACCACAAGCACAAUGGCCAAUGAGUUUAUCUCGUAAUAGAUUGGGCAGUGGGAAGAAAUCAGGAUGGGCAAGACAGCAAAAUACUGGUCAACUCCCUUCCGCGACUGAAAUGGCUGGUGUUGAUAUGCGUCUCGCACCAGGGGCAUACCGAGAGCUGCAUUGGCAUACAGCAAAUGAGUGGUCGUUGGUGCUGAAAGGAAGCGUAAGAUUAUCUGCUGUCAAUGAGAAGGGUGAAAGUUUCAUCGACGAUAUCAGCGCAGGGGACGUAUGGUUUUUUCCAGCCGGGGUUCCACAUUCCAUUCAAGCGCUGGAUGAGGGUUGUGAAUUCCUGUUGAUUUUCGACGAGGGAGACUUUUCGGAAGAUGGCACUUUCCUCGUCUCCGAAAUGUUUCUCCGCAACCCCAAAUCUGUGCUUUCCAAAAACUUCCAAACCCCGGUCUCCUCCUUUGACAAUCUCCCUUCAGAUCAACUAUACAUCUUCAACGGCACUCCCGCUCCCGCCAACAUCUCCGCCCAAAACCAAACCAGCGCCGCCGGUCCCCUCCCCCAAAAAGACUCUUACACCUACCACUUCUCACAACAAGCCCCUUAUACCGUCCCCGGCGGUUCCGUAAAAAUAAUCGACACAACCACCUUCCCCAUCGCCUCCAACUUCGCCGCCGCCCUCGUCACCAUCCAACCCGGCGCCAUGCGCGAAAUGCACUGGCAUCUCACAUCCGACGAGUGGAAUUAUUUCCUCUCCGGCUCCGCACGCAUCACCAUCUAUGCCGCACCCAGCAGUUCCCGAACCUUCGACUAUACAGCUGGAGAUGUGGGAUAUAUCCCCGCGAGUAAUAGCCACUAUAUUGAAAACACGGGAACGGAGGAUGUGGUUUUUUUAGAAGUGUUGCAGCAACCUGUCUUUAGCGAUAUUAGUGUAGCACAAUGGUUAGCGUUGACGCCGAAACAGGUGGUAAUGGAUACGUUGGGGUUGAGUGAGGAGGUUGUGGAGGCGAUACCGAAGGAAAAGACUCUGAUUAAGACGGGAAAUGCGAAUUUGACUGCGUUGGCUGCGGAUGAGAAGGGGAGUGGGGCUUAUGAGUAA